AGUACGCCGCUGACAGACGCCAACAUUAAGGAAACCUCAACAGAGCAAGAAGCAAAUAAAGAUGCCAACCAGUGCUCCCAAUAUGAGGAUCAUGCCGACAAACGGCAGGCCUGGGAUAAAAUGUAAAGGUCCGGCUCCUUCAACAGAAAACAUCCCAAAGUACGAGCCCAACAUCCCUGAGCCCACGUGCAGAGCUGAUCUUCUCAAACACGCGAUCAAACUUUCCCUGGAUGACAAGACAGCCAAUAAAAUGCUGUGGAUCACAGAGGGUGGAUCCAAGGUGUCCCGCAUGACUGAUGAUGUAACUUGCCCCGUCCUGGAUAGACCAGAGAGAUAUGAGCAUGCCCCUCAGGUUCUUUGCAAAGAAGGCAUCCUGGGCUUCAGAGCUUACUGGGAAAUGACAUAUACAGGAUGGGUGGUGGCCGGAGUCGCCUAUGAAGGAGCAGGGAGGAGGGGAAGCGACGGACAGUGCGGGCUGGGAGAGAACGAACAUUCCUGGGGUCUCGGCUGGGGGGGAUCCCACUACCAGCUGUGGUUCAACGGCAUUAACACAGAAAUCUGGGAUGUGCCCCAGUGCUCCACCAUUGGGGUUUACCUCGAUUAUCCUGCUGGUGUCUUGAAUUUUUAUACAGUUGAAGAAGUGAAGGAGGGAGAGGGGAGCGACGCCACAAAGGAGGUCAGACUGCUGCAGCGGAUUAAGAGCUCCUUCAAAGGGAAGAUGCUGCCAGGUUUCUGGGUGGGACAGAAGUCGUCAUGUGUCUUGGUUAAACCAGAGGAGUGAAGUCGAGAGAGUGUUUUUCAUUUACAUUUUCCAACAUUUCCAACUUCAUAUCUAAACCUGAAAUAUGUUUAUCGACAAUGCAUAUUUUGGGAUAAUGCAAGAAAAAACUUUCAAAAUCAAAAUCUCUGUAUAUAGAAGCACUUUUGUUUCAGUGUUUGUGCAUCAUUUAUUUGUUAAGUCUGUCUAAAGUCAUUGUUAAAUAUUGUUUUGAGGUGUCAUUUCUAUCUUUAUAUACAUGUUGUAGCAUUGUGUGUGUAUAUUCUGGUGUCAUGGAUGUUAUCUGUACUUGAUAGAUUUAAUAUAUAUCAUUUUGUGUGACUUUAAAUAAAAUAAAAACACUGAAUAUCAUCACACAUUAUAAAGCUGUGACUACUUUGUGCAUUAUAAUUGCCAACAGCUGAUA